CGCCCCGGAGCGGAAGCGGGAAGCGAGUGGGCGCGGGGGGCGCGCGGAGGCCGCGGGGAUGGCGAAGAACACGGUGUCGUCGGCGCGCUUCCGCAAGGUGGACGUGGAUGAGUACGACGAGAACAAGUUCGUGGAUGAGGAGGACGGCGGCGACGGCCAGGCGGGGCCCGACGAGGGCGAGGUGGACUCGUGCUGCCGCACAGGGAACAUGACGGCCGCCCUGCAGGCCGCACUCAAGAACCCCCCGAUCAACACCAAGAGUCAGGCUGUGAAGGACCGGGCAGGCAGCAUCGUGCUCAAGGUGCUCAUCUCCUUCAAGGCCAGCGACAUUGAGAAGGCCGUGCAGUCCCUGGACAGGAGCGGCGUGGAUCUGCUCAUGAAGUACAUUUACCGCGGCUUCGAGAGCCCCUCCGACAACAGCAGCGCCCUGCUGCUGCAGUGGCAUGAGAGGGCGCUAGCCGCAGGAGGAGUGGGCUCCAUCGUUCGUGUCCUGACUGCGAGGAAGACCGUGUAGGCCCGCCGGAACUGGCUGCCUGCCUGGGAGUGGAUGCUGCUGGUACAAAACCAACCCACCAAAUGCCAUUUCUGCCCCGUGGGUAGCGUCCCUCCUCCACUUAGCUUGCUUCCUUUCAUGUCUGUCAAGAUUGCAUAUCGAGGUUCCUUCGUGAGAACCGGGGUGAUGCGGCCCGAGCCAUGCUUCCCACGUGGUCGCAUCACCUCAGCACGUUGAGUGAUGUUGUCUGUCUGUCUGUGAGACUGCCUGUCUGCAGUGUCAUGCUACCUGCAACACACCAUCAGCCAGGCUUUGUUGUAACGAGUAGAGAGAGCUGGUCAGAAUUGGAGGCCAGUUUCCUAAUUCACUGCUAGUCAGGAAGUGAUUCAUUACAUAAAA